AUGAAAGGAAAUUUGGCAGUGAAGCACCUCAUGGAUGGAAUUUUUGGGAAAGUGACCUUCAACAAAAUAACCAUUUCUGAAACCAGCCUGGUCAGCGUGGAUCCUACGGUAUUGCUUUCAUUGAAGAAUAGCCUUGGAACCCUCAUCAUCAACAAUUCCGCCCUGGAAGAAUUCCCAUUUCAAGUCAUUCCUGAAAUGAUCAGUCUAUCAAAGUUGGAACUCUCCUACGGCGCCUUGAAAUCAGUGCCAGCCAUCACGAGCUCCAGUUUGCAGAUUGUGCAACUUUCGCACAAUCGCAUAGAAACACUUGUGCCAGAAUGGUUCAUGCCCAACUUGCAGAUAUUGGAUAUCAGUAACAAUCCCAUUUCGAAGAUUCCUCAAGGAUUGUUCGAGCGCUCAACCGCUUUGAUGUCUUUUGACGCAUCUCAUUGCUAUCUGGGACCAACAUUGUCAAAGGAAUCACUGACGUUCCACAGCGAGGUUUUGUCUGAUGUUUCCCUUCGGUAUAACGGCAUCGUGAAACUGGAACCAGGUGCCAUUACAGCCAUGAACCAGCCCUACCCUCUUACUAAGGAGCAAGUUCGCCUGCUUCUUCUUUAUGACUUCCGAAUCGAGAAGAAGGCAGUCAAUUCCAUCGCUGACAUCAAUACCGCGUUUGGCCCGGACACUGUGUCCAAGAGCACUGCCUAUGAUCGGUACAGUCGCUUCCAGAAAGGAAAGGAAAGCCUGGAACACCAGCCACGCACCGGUCGUCCUUCGGAGUUUGAUAACUCUGCCUUGCAGGAGGCACUGGAGGCCAACAACCGGCAAACAUCGCGAGAGCUUGCGGACUUGCUGGGUGUCGCAAGAAACACAUUGGUCGACCUCAGUGGUAACAACAUCACGGGAUUGACGGAAGACUCCUUCCGGCCCAUGCUUGAAUUUCUUUCUCGGCAGAAAUCUGGGAUCAUCAUCUCCUUAAAGGAUCCCAUUCAGUGCAAUCUAUGGCUUGCAGACAGUCCCCACUCUGCGGAUGCUCAGCAAAAACUGGAAGGUGUGGAUUGCAGUAAGUCCUGGCCUUGCUACGAAGAUGAUGCCGGUUCAAACUGCACAUGCUCAUUUGAUGAACCCAACCAGUUGAUUGUGGAUUGCUCACAAUCGAAGAAUGACAUGAAGAAUGACAUGACUACACUCAAUGAAUCCAUGCAGACCAUGGUUGCACUCAACGAGGACAUAGAUCGACAAACAUACUCCGAAACGGAAGGAAUCUCGGCUACGAACGAGGAUGAAAAUGACAUGAACACAAUUGAUUCCAGACCAUCCCACCAUGAUGUUCCCCACACGGACAAAGAGGAAAAACCACACUCCAAAAUAGAAGGAAACUCCGAAACGAAAGAGGAAGAAAAUGAAAUGGCCACGACUGAUUCCAGACCAUCCCACCAUGAUGUUCCCCACACGGACAAAGAGGAAAAAGCACACUCCAAAAUGGAAGGAAACUCCGAAACGAAAGAGGAAGAAAAUGAAAUGGCCACGACUGAUUCCAGACCAUCCCACCAUAAAGUUCCCCACAAGGACGAAGAGGAAAAAGCACACUCCAAAAUGGAAGGAAACUUGAAAACGAACGAGGAAGAAAAUGAGGAGGUCAUGACUGAUUCCAGUUCUUCUCACCAUGACGUUCACGAAACGGUCGAAGAGGAAGAAACACACUCCAAAACGGAAGGAAACUUGAAAACGAACGAAGAAGAAAAUGAAAUGGCCACGACUGAUUCCAGACCAUCCCACCAUGAUGUUCCCCACACGGACAAAGAGGAAAAAGCACACUCCAAAACGGAAGGAAACUUGAAAACGAACGAAGAAGAAAAUGAGAUGGCCACGACUGAUUCCAGACCAUCCCACCAUUUUGUUCCCCACAAGGACGAAGAGGAAAAACCACACUCCAAAAUAGAAGGAAACUUGGAAACGAACGAUGAAGAAAAUGAGGAGGCCAUGACUGAUUCCAGUUCUUCUCACCAUGAUGUUCACCAAACGUUCGAAGAGCAAGAAACACACUCCAAAACGGAAGGAAACUCGGAAACGAAAGAGGAAGAAAAUGAAAUGGCCACGACUGAUUCCAGACCAUCCCACCAUGAUGUUCCCCACAAGGACAAAGAGGAAAAAGCACACUCCAAAAUGGAAGGAAACUCGGAAACGAAAGAGGAAGAAAAUGAAAUGGCCACGACUGAUUCCAGACCAUCCCACCAUGAUGUUCCCCACAAGAACAAAGAGGAAAAGGCACACUCCAAAAUGGAAAGAAACUCGAAAACGAGCGAGGAAGAAAAUGAGGUGGCUAUGAUUGUUUCCAGUCCUUCUCACCAUGAUGUUCCCCAAACUUUCGAAGAGGAAGAAAAAGUGAUGACCACAAUUGAUUCCAGAUCCAUUCAUCGGGAUGUCACUCGCUCAGGCAAAGAUAAAGAUACACUCUCAAAACCGGAAGGAAACUUUUCAACGAAGAAGAGAGAAAAAUUGUCGUCCACUACGGAUUCCAGAUCUAUUCACCACGAUGUUCCCCAAUUGGACGAAGAAGGAGUAACACACUUCACCACGGAAGGACAUUUGGCAACGAACAUGGGAGGAAAGGAGCCGUCCACGGCUAGCACCAAGAAAAUAUACAUUAAGGACACUGUUCUUAUCAGCAUGGAUGCCGUGAUACUGAUUCAUUUGCACGAUCGACUCGAACAGCUCGCAAUUAUCAACACUCACCUAGAAAAAUUCCCGUUUUAUGUACUUCCUAUUAUGUCCCAGCUGGAAGAACUUCAACUUUCAUCGAACGCCUUGAAGUCAGUGCCGGCACUCAAAUGUCCCAGCCUGAAAAAGUUGAUUCUCACGAACAACGAAAUAGACACACUGGAACGCGGUUGGUCCUUGCCCAACCUGGAAACGCUAGACAUUAGUCUCGGAGUUGAUACGAAGGUAUUUCUUCUGCGGAACAAUAUGACAUCAUUGACAGAAGACACUUUCCGACCCAUGGUGGAGGUCGCCUCAUUGGGCCAUGGCGGAAUCUUCGUAAAUGAGAACCCUCUGAAAUGCGACGUGAGCAUGGCCUGGUUGGUGCUUAGUCCUGACGUCAAGCAAGUCCUGCAGAAAGUGCCAUUCUUUGAAUGCGUGGAUGGAACUUCUUUGCUAGACCUCUUCCUCGUUCGAUUCCUUCAUCUUCUCCUUCCGUUCCAAUGGGUGAACACUCUGGGUUGAGGUUCCUACACCUUCAUGAUUUGGGUUCGUGGUGUUGUGUUCAUCCUUGCCUCUGGCCACAUUCUUUCGACCUCACGGAAAGCUUCAAAGAGGAUAUUCGUACUGCUGUAUAUAACAUGAGAUCAGAUCCUUUCAAGUCCCCAUGCAAGAGAGUCAACAUUUGGACAACAUUCAUUAGGUCCAUCUUGGAAUACGCUGCCCCAGUGUGACACUCCUCUUUCACUACUCUCCGAUGCGAAAGCAAUUGAAGGAAUUAAAGGGUGGUCAUUAAAAAUGAUACACAGCAUUUCAUAUUCAAAUUAUCCUGCCUACCAUGCAAAAUCGGGACUCAUCAUGUUGCGCUGAAGACGAGAUUAUAUUGUAAAGGAAUCUGCUUUCUCGCUCCAAAACUCAAGCCGCUGCCGCAAUAUAUUUCCAUCCUCAUGGCAAUUCCAUCAGUCACCUCCGGAAGUGACGCUUCGUUUGUGAAAUUCAUUUGAACACCAAGAGACGUUUACAUGCUCUAUCCCGGCCAUGACAGAUUUCGUGAAUAUUGAAACCCUCGACAAAUAUAUGUUCAUUUAACCCAACUCUUCUUCCUCCUUGCGACGUUGAAGCCUC